UAUAAUGGGGCGGCGACAAGGAUCUGUGGUAGAUGCAGCUAUCGCCACAAUUCUUUGUCAGUGUGUAGAAAACACCCACAGUUGCGGAAUUGGAGGAGGGCAUUUCAUGACUGUAUACAAUAGGGCAAAUAACACAGCUUAUACAAUCUUAGCCCGCGAGAUGGCGCCAGGGGCAGCAUCAGAAGAUAUGUAUGUGCCAGAGAAUAAAUCUUCAAUCGAAGGUGGUUUAGCUAUAGGAGUACCAGGUGAAAUUAAAGGAUUGUAUGAAGCUUGGAAAAUCGGCGGCAAACUUCCCUGGAAAGAUUUAUUCCAGCCAACAAUCAAAAAGCUUCGAGACGGAUGGAAGGUUAGCCAGCCACUGGCGUAUGCUAUUUCAAGUCAAACGACAGUUUUAUUAAGACAGAAAAAUUUAAGAGACAUUCUCACAAACCCAAAUACCGCACGACCAUACAAAGAAGGAGAAAUCAUCAAAAUGCCUAAACUGGCCAGCACAUUUGAAGCCAUAGCCAACGAUCCACACACGAUGUAUAAUGGUUCUCUUGUCGAUGACAUCGUUAAGGAUAUUCAGGAAGCAGGUGGAAUUAUAACAAAGAAAGACUUGAGAAACUAUGUAGCAGUUGUGAAGGAACCGUUGGUUGUAAAACCUAAGGACAACUCCACCAUCUUCACGCCACACCUACCAUCUAGCGGAGCAGUGUACGCCAUGAUCCUCAACAUCGCAGACGGAUACGAUUUCAAUCCAGAUAGUGUCUCAAACACUGAGAAAUCGACAUUAACCUGGCAUAGAAUCGUGGAAGCCAUGAAGUUCGCUUAUGCAAAGAGAAGUAGCCUUGGGGAUCCAGAUAAAGAGAGCCAAGGUUUUAAGGAUAACAUUGAUUCGUUGAUAAGUAAUAUGACGUCAACAUCUUAUGCUGAAUAUGUUCGAUCUAAGAUAUCUGAUACUUCUACACACGACACCCUGUACUACGGGCCGACAUUUUACGACCAGCUAAAAACGGGGACGUCACAUUUGGCAGUUCUGGCGCCAAAUGGUGACGCUGUCUCGCUCACAAGUACAAUAAAUUAUCAUUUUGGUUCGAAAGUGGUCGGAAGCAGAACAGGGAUUUUUUUCAAUGAUGAAAUGGACGACUUUUCUACACCAAACAAAACGAACUAUUAUGGUGACCCAGCCACUGCUGCGAAUUUUAUCAAGCCAGGUAAAAGGCCACUGUCUUCAAUGUGUCCCAGCAUAGUGGUCGAUUCAGAUGGUCACGUGAAGUUAGUGGUGGGAGCUGCCGGUGGGACAAGAAUUACAACAUCAACUGCUUUAGUCAGCAUUGAAACACUGUGGUUCAAGUAUGGAAUUAAGAAAUCAAUCGAUCACAAACGACUGCAUCAUCAGUUAUUACCAGCCUACAUAUUAGUGGAAAACGGAUUUGACCCGCAAGUUAUACAAGGGUUGAAAAACAUUGGUCACAACAUUACUAUGUCGGAGUCUGCCGGCUCUAUAGUGCAGGGUAUUCUACAGUUGGAGGAGGGAAAGAUAAGCGCCAAUGCUGACUACAGAAAACGAGGAGUUCCGGACGGCUAUUAA